AUGGCAGCGGCGGAGGGAGCGGCCGGCGGCUCGGCCGGGCCGGGCCCGUCGGGGGCCGGCUCGGGGCAGGGCGGCGGCGCGGCCGUGGCCGUGUGGGAGUGGCAGGAUGAGCUGGGCCGCUGGAGGCCCUACCCGGGCGGCGUCUGCGCCUACAUCGAGCAGCAGUUCCAGGCCUGCCAGCAGCGGGGCCGGCGCUCGGGCACCGGGCUGGGCAGCAGCAUCCCGCUGGGACAGGCGGACCCGGCCCUGGCUCCCUAUGUCAUCGACAUGCCCAGCCUGACGCAGUUCCGGCAGGACACCGGGACCAUGAGGGCUGUCCACAGACAUCUCUAUCCCGGGGACUCCGCCGCCGGGCAGGGCAUCGUCUGGGAGUGGCAGAACGACGAGGGGGGUUGGUCCCCCUACCAGAUGGACCUCUGCGUCUGCCUGGAGCGAGCCCACGCCACCAACCACCAGCGAGUGGAUCUGGGAGCCCUGGGCUACAACUACGAGGUGGACUUGGCAGCCGGGGUGCAGACCAACAAGACCUCCGGCUUCCGCCGCGGCGUCCGGCGCCGCCUGGACACCCCCUACCCGCCAGCCGCCCCCCUGCCGCCGCUGCACGCAGGGCUGGGCUGCUCCUGCCAGCAGUGCUGGCUGGGCAGUGGCGCUGGGCCCAUCACCACCCGCUCCCGACACUCCCUCAGCAGCUUCCCCAGCGCUGCUGCCUCCUCUGCCUCUUCUGCUGCUGCUCCUCAGGGUGCUGGCAGGACGACCUCCGUCGGUUCCUCCGGUGUCGGCUUCGUGCCCUACAGCAAACCGAGCUCGACCGGGGGCAGGUCUGCGCCGAGGCUCAGUGCUCAGAGCACCUGGGCCUUGCCCCAGGCUGGGGGAGCCAGCACAGGACUGCCUGCAUCUAAUGGAGUCAGUGUCCCCAGCCUGCCAGUCAAGAUGUCCAAGCCCAGCAAGGUGACCCAGGCCCUGGCAGGCAUCUCGGCUAUACUGAUGUCAGCUGCCGGACUCCCUGCUCACCUCACCUGUGUGCCUCAAGCUGCCACCACCCAUAGAGCCACUAAAAAACACAGCUCAGUUAAGGAGGGGAGGAAAAUGUCCAAGAAAGCCACCCCGACCGAGCCAGAGGCAGUGGUGAGGAGGUACCUGGAGGAGCUGAAGGGCACUCCCCCUGAUGAGGACUGCAUCAUCUGCAUGGAGAAGCUCUCCUGCCCCUCAGGGUACAGUGACACUCGGGAGGCUGCCAGCCUGGCGCCGGAGCUGGUGGGACGCCUGCGGAGCUGCCACCACCCCUUCCACCUGCUCUGCCUGCUGGCCAUGUACUGCAAUGGCAACAAGGAUGGGAGCCUGCAGUGCCCCUCCUGUAAGACCAUCUAUGGGGAGAAGACUGGCACUCAGCCCAAGGGCAGGAUGGAGGUCUCCACCUUCCCUCAGUCCCUCCCUGGGCACAGGGACUGUGGCACCAUCCAGAUUGUGUACCACAUCAGCAGGGGCAUCCAGGGCCCUGAGCACCCCAACCCUGGCAUGCCCUACACAGCCAGAGGCUUCCCUCGCUACUGCUACCUGCCAGACAACGAGAAGGGCAGGAAGGUCCUGGAGCUCCUGAGGGUGGCCUGGAAGCGUCGCCUGAUCUUCACUGUGGGCACCUCCAGCACCACGGGCGAGAGCAACACAGUGGUGUGGAACGAGAUCCACCACAAGACAGAGAUGGACACAAACCUGAGUGGCCAUGGCUACCCUGACCCCAACUACCUGGACAAUGUGCUGGCAGAGCUGGCUGCACAGGGGGUCACCGAGGACUGCCUGAGACACUGAUGCCAGGGCGGUGC